UGGCCCCCUCUCUUGGUUAUCUAUAGACAAAGCUAUGACCCUGGUUAGGGUAGGGUUGGGUUGGGCUGGCUUGUGUGAGUUGAGUUGAGUUGAGGUUCCCUGAUAAGUUAUUCUCAGAAAAUGGCCGAAUCUGAUCGAUAUAUCCCUUUUGAUUUCAGUAGCGAUGAAGAAGGAAUAGUAGCAGCAUAUUUCCCUGACGAUUUCAAGCAAUAUAUGGACACCCAACUCAACCGCUGCCCAGUGGUGGAUGAUAUAGAUAUCUUCUGUGGAUGGGUUUUCUGGAGCCGCGAAGACGACCAAUCCGAACAUCCUCCGAAUAUUUUGGAUUUAAAACGGAAGAUCAAAGAUGUCCUUCGAAAGUGUUUACCCUAUUGGUUUGAAUAUCCGACACUAAUUCAAUUUUGGGCACCCGCAAUGACGGUGGAGGGCCGGUCUUAUCUUACAACUCAAAACCAACCUUUCGCUCUUUCUACAUUUGAUACAAGAUUUGAUGAUGAUGUUAAAGGAGUUUGUGGGUAUAGGAUGAUCUCUAUGGACUAUAAAUUUUACAUGGAUAGAGAGAGUUCUGAUCAACAACUUGGGGUUCCUGGCCGUGUGUUCAACCAUGGAUUUCCCGAAUUCUCUCCCAAUGUAGAAUAUUACUCUAUCAAAGAGUAUCCAUUGCGCGACCAUGCUUUACGUUGCCAACUUAAACUAUCUUGGGCUAUCCCACUGUUUGAUCCUUCUACCCACUUAUGUGUUGGUGUACUUGAGAUAGUUUCAACAGCGCCCUCAGAGGAAUUUCUAUUGGACUGCCACAUUGAUUUGCCGGAUUUGCAUAAUUAUUUGGAGAAGGCAGGUCUGGAAUCUUCAAUUUCAAAUGCAGACCAUGACACAGAUGACACGGAUUUAUUUCAGAAUGUGGAAAAAAGUGAAGCCUUAGAUGAAAUCAGCAAGGUGUUGGAAGUUGUGCGGGAAGUUCAUGGUUUACAUUUUGCUCAAGUAUGGGCCCCGUGCAGGGUAUCCUGGAGAUGCAGGGCUCUGGUUAAGGGUGACAUCUUCCAUGCGAUACUCAAAUUCGAUAAAGUUGACUGCUACAAACUACUCGGUAUGGUCAAUGUUGAACUUCACUUAAAAAAGGGGCAAGGAGUUGUUGGGAGAGCAUUCUACUCCCCUAAUGUAUUAUUGUGCAAGGAUGUAACCCAACUUAGCAUAAUUGACCACCCAUUGGCGCACUAUGCACGAUAUGAUAAAUUAGGUUGUUGUUUCGCAAUAUGCUUGCAAAGUUGUUGCACCGGAAAUGACAUUUACGUGUUAGAGUGCUUUAUGCCGCCAAGCAACAAAGACUACUAUGGUAAUCAACAGACUGCAUUGAGGAAAAUAUUGGAAACGAUGAAGAAAAAUUUUCAUACUUUUAAGCUUGCUUCUGGAGAAGAACUUGGGGGACAUUUAUAUAUUGAAGAAAUUGAUUCUGUUCAAAUGUCCCAAACUACUAAAUCUUUGCCUAGGCUGGAGCCGUUACAAAGUGGAGGAGAGAUGACACAGCUGAAUUUAUCGAAUCAACAAUCAAUGGAUGCAUUAAGCAAUGAAAGCAAUGUUGUAAGGGCAGAACAAAGCAACAUUGAUGUUACUUGUUCACGGGAAAAAGGCAAAACAAAGAGGCCAAAAAGAGUGCACAAUAAGACUGGAGUUAAAAUUGAAAUUCCUUUAGAUGAUAUCUUACAAAAUUCAAAAAAGAGCAUCCAGGAUGCUGCAGAUAACCUCAAAGUUAGCCGAUCUACACUAAAGCGUGUUUGUAGGGAUUAUGGUUUCUCGAGGUGGCCACCACGCAAGAAGAAUAUGGCUGGUCAAUCUCAGCCUAGCGAAUCUUCCCGGGGUGUUGAUCAUCAACAAAUAUCACAAUUAAGUUUUGAUCUGCCUUUCAUUCAAGCCUCAGCUACUGUUGUUCAUGCAAACCCACAUAAUAUAGCAAUCGAAGAUGCAAAUACUGUGACCAUAAGGGCAAAAUAUAUAAAUGAUAUUACAAUAAAGUUUCGGCUGUCUUUGUCAUCAGGACUAGUUGAGUUGCAACAACAAAUAGCAAAGAGGCUGCACUUAGAAGCUGGAAGUUAUUAUGUCAAGUAUAAAGAUGAGGAAGAUCAAACAAUUCUAAUAGCUUGCGAUGACGACUUGCAGGAUUGUAUUAGCACUUACAGAUUGCUGGGAACUUCCAUCGUGGUAUUGAUUGAUCCAAAGUAGUCAAUUACCACUGACCAACUUGAAUCAUCUCAGUUUUUUGUUGCUGCUAUGUUUUCUUUUGUUCUAUCUUUUGAUUCUAGAGAUAGUUGUUGGACUAUCAUGCCUUGUUUCCUCUGUUUCAAGAAGGUUGGGAGUGUUUUGGGUUUUUUUGGUUUCCUCUUGGCAGUUGGAUUCUGGCCAACUAUUUCAUUCUCCCCUUUUGUAAUGUUCUAUUGGCAUUAAUAAAAUGUUACUUUCUUUGCUGAUCAAUCAAAAAAAAAAAAAAAA